AUGGGCUCCUUCGAUUGUUACUGCAUCUUAUGCUCUAUCUGCAUGAACAUUGGCGCCAUCAGGAUUGGAUCGAGAAAUGGCAAGUCUUUGCGCAAGCGAGAUCGCGCAAUGGAUAUAAGAAUGGGGAGACGUACUGGGAAGAAGGUGGGACGCGGGAUUGUCUACAGUGACGAUGAGGACGAAGAGAUGGAGGACGCGAUCGACCCGGAGGUCGUUGAGAACCAACGCAUCGAACAGCAAGAACAGGAGGAAGACGAUGCAGAUCCGGAUUACGAAUAUUCCUCGGAUUCUUCUUCUGAAGGCACACAAUCGAUUGAUAGCAACGACUCCGACUUACUUACGAGAUCAUCCGAGAUUCUUGACGUCGCUCUUCGACCCCGUACCCCCGAGCCUGAGCCUGUGGAAGAAGUCGAUGAUGGAAGCUGGUCGCAAGAUCCCGAGUUGGACAUUAGCGAAGAGUGGGGUCUUGACAAUUAUGCCAGCACCGAGAACACUGAGGACAACAGUUUUGAUCCUAGACUCAUCGGACUCGACGACGUCAAAUGGAUUAAUCGGGUCCGCGCACUGGCACUCAAUCCCGAGCGGAAAGCCUACAUAUCCGGUAGAGGCCGCUACUACGACUAUGGCUCUCUAGAUAUCGAAGGGCCUGGAAGAGAUCCCAAUGAUCCGGGCGAAGGUUCUUUGAACAUCACGAGCUACGCGAGUGGGGACGAACAACAAGCUUUUCCAUUCCACGAGGCAUGCUUCGACAUUCUCGCAAAGAGCAUAGGACUUGAGAGCAGAGAUAUUAAUAAGCAUGUGAUGUUGAGAACGUUUAGCGCUCUUCUUGCAAGCGAAAGACCAGUUUUGGAUGUGGACUAUCAGGUCUUUUCGGGCAACGAGCAAUUUUGGCAUAAUGGAGCGGGAUCGGAGUAUGAAGUGUGCGAUCCUUCCCCCCGACCUGCUCUCCAAGAAAGUAUACAAGACAUCCUACCCGCCAACAUUUUCGGUGGGAGUCCGCAGUUGGCAGAUCUAGCGCACAAGGUGCGAAGGGAUCCAAUUGAAGUCCUCCCGUACGACUUGCUUCUCGAAAUCCUUGGAUAUGUUGACUCCAAAGACAUGCUUUCGCUCAUGCAAGCUUCGUAUCACGUCAACAGCGUUACUCGCGAAGCCGCAUUCUGGAAACAUAUGGUACGCAUGCGUGUAUUGCCAUGGUUCUACGAGUUGCGUUACUUCGUGGAGACUGCGACCACCGAUGCGCUCGACUAUAAAGGUCUUUUUCUCUGGGUGGAUGCAUCGACUCGUCCCAGGUUCGGCAUCCAGGGACCCCUCAUGCACAUAGCAAAUCGACGCCGGAUCUGGGGCUGCUGCCAGCCAGUAGCCUCGCUCUACAAGAAAGCAACUGGGCCGGUCGAGCCCGCUGAGCCGGCAGACUCAGAGGAAGCAAAGGCGAUUCUAGACAGCUCCGUAUGCUUGCACAUGCCCAUGACCAUGUAUCCCCCGCCAGCUCAGACCGAGACCGUGUCGGCACAGUUUAUUCACUCUUGGAAUGAGAUCACUCAUCGUGCUUGCGUUUUGGACACCUACUGGCGCCAGAUUAACAACUCCCACGACUACUUAGUGGGAAUUUCCGUCACCCUGGGUGACCAAAAAAGACUUUUUGGCAGCUCUGAUGGAUUUACUGGACUUCCGUUUCAUCUUGAUCGUGGGGAGUGGAUCAAGGAGAUCGUCUGCUGUAUCGAAGAUAUUGUGAAUCAGACCGGGCCUCAUGGGAAGCCUGAGGAUCCUUGGCCAUCCAAAACUGCUAUGAUCAGCGGUAUCUCUCCGCGAUACACAUCCGUUCAGCAGAUGACAUGGGGAAAGCUUGGAUCAUCGCUACCCUACGACCGUAUUGGUCAAAGGUAUCCUCAACAGGCUUCAGUCUGGGCGCAUCCUACGAUCCAUUUCGAGUCCUUCCCCACUCCCAUUCACCCCAUACCAUACGAACUCCCCGAGGAUAUGAUGCCCAACGAUGUGUUCAUGUGGAGCAAGAAAAACACAGGUAUUGAAUGCUUUCAGCCCGUUGCAACGAGUAUCUCCAUGCAAUCGACCAGCGCAACACCCGCAACGACUGCUCUACCCAGCUCUCUUCCUGCAACCAACACGUCGUCACCGUCCUACCAACUCCACACCGGUAUUGACAUCGUCGGCAUGAACCCCGGCCCUCAUGACAUGUGGGGUAAUCGCGGCCGCAGCGUCGGCUCUCGCGGACCCGUCCUAUGUCAAUCCCCCAAAUGGGCGCACGACAUGACUGAGCCUCUCCGAGAAUCCCUCAAAGCCGCAUGGGAAGAUCUGCAAAAGACAGGCGGCGGUCCACACCCUUACCAACAACAAAACACCGUCACUUUCCCGCUGAACCAAGAAAUCAUCACUGAAGUCCACGUCGAGCAGCAGUACCGCGCUCUCAAACUGGUUACGCAGAGUGGUCGGGUUGGCUACUUUGGGGAGCCGGAUAUGCGCGAUUGGUUUGUGAGGAAGGCGGUGGGUGGAGAGCAGAUUGUGGGGAUUAGUGCGUGUUUUGGGGCGUUGGGGGGUUGGAGUGAGUCGGCGAGGAUGUGGAGUCAUCUCAAGUUGAGUCGCGUGGGGGUGGUGUUUGAGAGGGUUGAUGGGGAGGGGAGGGUGAUUGGUAAGGAGCAAGAGAAGGAGAUGAGGGAGAAGGGUGUGGUGUUUGAGGAGGGUAAAGUUGUUAUGUGCUCAGAGUAG